GGUAUUUAAUUUUUUGUUGUUUGUUUUAAAAUGUUCUGAGGCAUGUAUGUGUCUUUCAUCUCUGGCUUGUUUCUCAAGCUGAAACUACAAGCAAACAUGCCAACUGGAAUACAGAAAAAAGGGAGAAAAGAAUGCAUUAUGGGAAAUCACCAGAAAAUAUAUACAAUAUAUUAGUCAUAAAACCAUCAGGAAGUAUUUCAUAUAUAUCAGUGAUGGCUCAUGAGCUUGACAUAGCAGAGGCAGAAACUUUUAACUCAAAAUGUUUCUCAAUCUGUUACCAUUUGAUUUGCUUGGUUAACAAAUCAGGCAAUUUGGUCUCUGAUUUCUAAUGUGUGCCAGUCAGUUCUAAUAAUCAUAUAUUCUCUCUUUAUAAUGAAAUUGUGCAUUUUCCCCUUGUUAGAAUGGUUAGAUUAAUUAAUCUGCUCAAAUUCUGUAGUUUACAAUCCCAUUUACAUUUUUAAGGAGUAGUUUCAUUUCACUCAAUCCUCAAUGCUUUUUCUAUAUGCAUUUUUCAGUAUAAUUGACCUCAGCAACCCAUACAAAGUGCAGAUAUAAAACAAUAUCCAUCCACAUGUUGUAGUUCAUGCAUAGAAACAAAAAUCAUGAAUAGUGGUUUCUUGUAAGACGUUACGAGUUAAUAGUGAUGUGUACAGACAAACGCUCAUAGAAUGCUUAGAGCGCAAAAAAGUGUCAUGUGAUCUGCGCGUGUUUCUGCUGACGGCUGCGAGCCCGUCUCCUCCUUCGGCCAAUAGAAAGAGCGCUGUUCGUUUCCUCUUUGGCCCCGUGCACCGAAGAGGCGAGACUGAUGAUUAAUGACUUAACGGCUUUCUCCCCGCUUCUGAAACUAUGUCGAAGGUGGUGAUGAUCUUCGGGAAUUUCACGCUGCCCUUUGUUUCAGCCGGCGGGGUUGUUUUUAUUUACGGCAUUUUCCCGGCUUCAGAAUAAAAGGGGCGGAGUCCUUUUAACUGCUGCGGAAGAAACGGGGUGGAGUCACUGUUGUUGUGCUGUUUCACGUUAGCAUUACAGUACUGUAGGUUUUACACUGUGCAGUAACGUAAUAUUUGCAAUGAUCAACGAUACGUUUUUUUUAAAUCAAAAUGUACAAACAAAGUACGCUGGGUUUUAACGCAGUUCAGUUUAAAUUUAGUCCAACAGGGAUCACACGUCAACUGUAAGUGUAAGACGGACUCUGUGAGAGUUGAUUUAAUACGGGUUACACGGUAUCGUGUUUUAUCAAUACGGUUCCCACGGUCCUCGGAAAUUCCACCGUCCUCUCCCGCUUUUCCCCCUCUCUCUCGCGGCUCUUUACCUGCCCUGCUCACAAACCACUUCCCACAACUUCCUGUUCUGCAGCCGCCUUGAGGAAGUCCGUUCAGGACUAUUUGGUCGCGCGCUCCAGUGCCAUCUCUGGAAAUAACGCACUUUAGCACUUAGAAUUCCACUUGGGCGUGUGUCCUCCCGUGACAGCACUGAUUGAUGACUUCACUUAACCGUUCAUUAGAAUGGACAGCCAGAAACCACGCCUCCAAAAAUCAUCCUAUGUGUCCAAAUUGCAGUCCCAUUUUAUUGCGUGUCAGGUUAUCUUUUCAUCCAAUUUUAACAAUUAGAAUAGAACUUUAUUUUACCCGGAGCAACUUUGGUUGUGGUAUCAGUUAUGUAAUGUACAAUAGAAACAGUAGAAAGGCAGAUCAAAUUUUGUGACACACACAACACAACUGAUAAAAACGUGACAGCAGACAGCAUAUUAAACAUGACAGCGUAAGAAUCCCCAGCAGACACAGAAACAAAAUAAAUGCAUUUUCUGAAUAAAUUUCACCUGCUUUAUGAUUAAGAUCAGUGGUGGUUGAUGAUGAUGAUGAUUAUGAUGAUGAGGCGGUAACAGUUUAAAUAUCUGACAUCAUCAUAAGGAUUCAUCUGUGUCAUGUGUUACUUUGACAGAUGUUUCAGUAAAAUAUGACUGAAUAAAGAACAUUUUAUUUAAAAUAACAGCAUGCCAUUUAUUUGAUUACUUCCCUCUUAAGCGUCACUGCUUAAGGACAGCUAAUCCAGUGAUUUACUGGGGUGAAUCAGAGCCGCUUAACUGCGUCAAUUAUACGUGUGUGGAAAUGUAAACAAUGGCUUUAUGCUUUAAUUUCCGCAACAUUUAAUCAUCUGGUCUAAUAAUAUGCCCUCACUCUUUUGGAUGGUAUGCUCAUUUAGAUUUUUAUAUAUUUGAUUUUGAUUGAUGAAAAAAAAAAAAAAACAAUUUUUAAACUUUUAACUUUUAUUACAAAGAGAGUGAGAACCAGAGACAUUUCUGAAAUUUGAAGAGUAAAGAUCAAGUAAAGAUCAUUUCCAGUGGUAUUAAUUCCCGUUGUAGUCCAUUGUUUCAUGAAGCACACUGAGUGCUGUCAGUGUCACAGCAGUUCCUCAACCUGCUGGACUUUUUGCUGCUUGGGAUUUUUUUCCCUGGCACUUCUCUUCGCAUAUAAGAGGCCAAACUUUCAGUCAAGAACCAAAACCUGAGAGGGAACUCAGUAAACACCAGAAUAAAAAGCUCCAUGAAGAUGAAUUUGUGUUUAUUCUGCCUCGUCUUCCUCCUCCUCGUCUUCCUCAUUCUUCAGUCUGUGACGGGGGCGGGGAGCUACAACUACACGCUUAAACCCAACGUCCUGGUGGUGGUCCCAGCGAUGGGCAGCUCUACUGUCCAGGUGACCCUGCAGUGCGGGGAAUCGUACGCGCACGGCGACGUCGUCUGGAGGAUCAAAGGCAGGGAGGUUGCCCAUGGCAACCAGGUGAACAUCAUCGUGGAGGAGAUGCUGGGCGGGAACUACACCUGCCACGCCCGCUCCGGGGCUCUGCUGAACCACACCCUGGUGCUGGUUCAGGCCGUCCACAAGAGGAUCCUGGACAGGUCACCUGACUCAGAGUACAUUCACUGUCUAUCGAAAAACUACAGCGGAGUGUUUCAGUGCUCCUGGACGUGGAGCCGGACCAGGAAGGGAGACCUGCUGCUGGUGACUGCGGCUCGCUCCACAGCAGAGAUCACCUGCUCUCUGGAUCCAAGCGGACAUUCCAUCACCUGCCGCGACCCCGCCCACUGCCCGUACAGCGAAGAGAUCGAACGCAUCAAACUGGCGGUGUACGUUAAGAACGAGUUCCGCAUGGAGAAGUACACCCAGGCUUUCUACAUAGCAGAGAUAGUGAAACCGGACAGGAUCACAGUCACUAAAGUGGACAGGAACACCUUUGAGUGGGGGUACCCUGACACCUGGAGCACCCCGGACUCCUACUUCCCGCUCACCUUUCAGGUGAAGGUGAUCCCGCGGAAGCAGAGGUGUGACUGCGAGUGCCUGGCGCGGAGGAGCGGGAAGAUAGAGCUGCACACCACGCAGAGCCGGCAGUGGCCAGUGAGAGAAGGCUUCCUGUUCUGUGUGCGAGCGCAGGACGCCCUGUGCAACUCCUUCUGGAGCGACUGGAGCCGCGUUGGCAAAAACCUUCCUGCGCAUUUCAACAGUACAUCAGACGCUGGGACUUCAGCAGCACAAAAUAAGAGAAACAGAAAGAAAAACCGAAAACAAAAAGGAAAUCAUAAGAAAAGAAGAAACAGAAUAUAGAAGAAUGAAUAGCCAGAGCUGCCUGCACUUAUAACAGAGAUGAUGUGGCCGACUGCCACGCCCAGAGAUUUCUAAAUUGACAGACGGAAUUAUUGUUUUUAUGAAAUAUGUUUCAUUCAUGUCUUUACGUUGCCUUGGUGACAUCAGACAGAAUUCAAAGUGUGUCACAGAUUAGAAUCUGCCGCUCAAAAUGGUCACUAAAAGGCCCUCAAACUUGCACUGAGAAAUAAGCUAAAAUAAGAUACGUUUUUGAUUUAAGUAUCUGUACCUCUGUACAGGGGUUUUGUUCCCCUGUUUCAAUAUUUUAAUGUAAUAACCAUUAAGUUAUUAACUUGUCUAUUUAUUGCUUUUGAAUGACGCUGUGAAUAUUUAAAAUAUUAUGAAAAUGUUUAGACUGAAUAUGCAGAACAUUGAAACUUGAAAUUGAAACUUUGAAAAGCUUUGGGUUUUAACUUCCUGUUGAUGUGCUGCUGUUUUAAAUAUAAUAAAUUCUUUAAUAACA